AUGUUGGAGGGAGUGGUUGCUAAUCUACUCAACCGGUUCCUGGGAUACUACGUCAAGAACUUCGACGCGACCCAGCUCAACAUCGGAAUUUGGUCAGGCGAUGUCAAGCUACGGAACCUUGAACUGCGCCGUGAAGCGCUCGAUCAGCUACGCCUCCCUCUGAAUGUCGUCGAAGGCCAUCUCGGACAGCUCACACUAUCCAUUCCAUGGUCAAAUCUACGAGGCAAACCAGUGAAAGUCGAGAUUGAAGAUGUCUUCCUCCUCGCGGCACCCAGAGAAGAUGCGGAUUACGAUCCCGAGGAGGAAGAAAAGAGAGAAAAUGCGCUGAAGAUGGAACGAAUUGAGAGCGCCGAGAUUCUGCGCGAGCGCAAUGCGGAAGGCAUGAGCCAAGAGGAACAGCGCCGGAACCAAAGCUUCACACAGAGCAUGAUCACGGCCGUGGUAGACAACCUGCAGAUCUCUAUCAAGAAUGUGCACUUUCGCUACGAAGACUCUAUCUCAUCACCUGGGCAUCCGUUUGCUGUCGGCGUGACACUGAAGGAAUUGAGUGCUGUCAGCACGGACGGGGAAUGGAAUCCGACUUUUAUUCAGUCUGACUCCAGUGUCACGCAUAAGCUAGCCGUCCUCGGUGCUCUCUCAGUUUAUUGGAAUACAGAUGCCACACUGCUCGGGACCGGGCGAGGCUCCGAUAUAGGCGCAGAGGCCCAGGGAAUCAGCCGUGCUGAGUUGAUGGAAAAACUGAAGACUGCCAUUGAUGCCGACGAAGGAAAUCAAUUUAUGCUACGUCCCGUCAGUGGUCGUGCCGGACUAGAGAUGAACAAGUCAGGCAAAUAUGAUCGGCCUGCAAUCAAAGCACGCCUGCUAUUCGAUGAGCUUGGCUUCGUUCUUGAUGACAAACAAUAUCGCGAUGCGUUGAUGCUGGUCGAUUUGUUCCAUUAUUUCAUCCGACACCAGGAAUAUAAGAAAAUCCAGCCCAAGGCAUCACCAAAAGAAGACCCUGGGGCAUGGAUGAGAUUCGCAGGAGAAGCCGUUCUUAGUAAGAUCCACGAACGCAACAGACGCUGGACCUGGGACUAUAUCAAGGAGCGCAGAGAUGACCGCAUCGCGUACAUUGCCUUGUUCAAGAAAAGAAAGAAGGAAGAAGCCUUCACACCCGAAGAAACCAAGCAAAUGCAGAAGCUGGAAGCAAAACUCAGCUACGAGGAUAUCCGAUUCUGGCGCUCACUUGCGAGAAAUCAACUACGAAAAGAAAACGUUGGGGUGAAGAAGCCUGCAGGACAGCAAUCAUGGUCUGCCUGGCUCUGGGGGGCCAAGAAAGAAGAGUCCGAGGAGACCACCAUGACCGAAGAACAGCGGCAAGAGCUGUAUAACGCCAUUGACUGGGACGAAAAGAAAGCUAUCGCCGAGAGUGUGGAUGUGCCCCGCGAAUGGGUUAAGCUUCAAGUCAAUUGGAGUCUUCGUGCUGGUAGCUUCACCCUGAUCCAGGACCCUCACGGGUCAGCCAAUGAAGUCAUGAAGCUGGUGUUUGACAAUUUCCGAGCCAAAGCACUUCAACGCCAUGAUUCUUAUCUCCUUGACCUUGACCUCGGAGGACUGAAGAUGUAUGAUGGCACCACUGCCGGGACUCUUUAUCCCCAGAUUGUCAAGGUCAAGGAUUCUCCACCUGAACCCAAGAAAAUUCAAGAGCUAGGCGAUGACGACGAUGAUAUUGCUUCCCAAGCUAGCGCAGACGAUCUUCAGGAUGAAGACAGUUUGUUCCACCUGCAGCUGGAAAAGAACCCGCUCGACAGUGAUGCUGAUACAGCGGUGAAGGUCAAGCUGAAGAGUAUUGAGGUAAUUUACAACCCUCGAUUCCUCGUGGGAAUUGUCCAAUUCUUCGAGCCGCCUGAAAGACACAUGGAGUCGAUUGGUGCUCUAUUAGACACCGCAGGUGCCACUGUCGAAGGACUACGCCAGCAAACCCGGGCAGGCCUCGAGUUUGCCUUGCAAGAGCACAAGAAGGUUGACGCUCAGUUUGAUAUUCACGCACCCUUGAUCAUUGUCCCAGAAAGUAUCACACAGCCAAGUUCACUUUGCUUGAUUAUCGACGCCGGUCAUGCCAGUGUCAACAGCGAGUUAGUCGACCGCCAAGCGAUGCGGGAUCUUCAGUCCAAGCAGAAGCAACAGUAUGAAGAGGACGAUUACAAGAAACUCGAGCAUCUGCUGUACGAUCGCUUCCUCAUCAAACUGGACUCCACACAAGUCCUCAUAGGGCCUGGAAUUGAAGCAACCAAAGCGCAGCUUAACACCAAUGUCAAGUCUAGGAAUUUCCACAUAAUUGACCGCAUCAAUGUCGACUUUGCCCUGGAGAUGUGUAUCGUACCGAAAGUGACACAGCUUACCCGAACACGCAUCUCAGGGCAUCUGCCAGAGCUUCAUGCGUCAAUAUCAGACACUAAAUACAAGGGUCUCAUGAAAUUGAUUGAUAUUGCAAUCCCGCAAUUCGAUGCAGAAAAGUCUGCCUCUGAUCCAGUUACCGCAGCAAUAGCCAAGGAAGAAGCAGCCAUAGCCACACGAGCUAGAUCAUCAUCCUUCCAACCAUCAGCCCAGCGUGACCUUCCUGUUGUGGAUGAUGACGAGGAGGAGGACGUCGAAGCAGAAAACGAGCAGGCGAAGAAAGCCGUGGAUACACCGACUAAUAUCCACCGCCGAGACUUCGAGUUCAAAUUCACUGUGGGCCGUCUUCGUGGCUCACUCUUCCGUGCUGACCCCCAUGACCCGCAGCGGGAUCAGUUGCUAGUUGAACUGGUUGCUGAAGGAUUUGAGCUGGACUUCUAUAUGCGUCCCUAUGACAUGGUCGCCGAGGUCGUUCUGAAAUCUUUGAGCGUGGAUGAUUACAUUGAGGAGAAUCCGGUUCCUGAAUUCAAAAGAAUUAUCUCUUCUAAAGGCUUUGAUGCCGACGAAGACAAGGACCUGUUCCAGCUGAAGAUGGUGCGGGUCAAACCUGAGUCUCCCGAGUUUGACUCAACGUAUGAAGGGGUUGCCAUGAACCUUGACAUAUCGGUCUCGACUAUCAAUCUUGUCGUGACCAGGAAAACACUUCUCACGCUUCUAGACUUCAUCCUUCUCACAUUCACAGAUCCUCAACAACCGUCUGAACCCAACCCAGAAACAGACAAGACCAUUGAAGGAACACCCAAUGUAGACGAAAAGCCCGAGCAAGCUGGGAAGCUUCGUAUCAGGGCUAAUCUCAAAAGUAUUGCUCUCAUCCUUAAUAAUGAUGGAGUUCGCUUGGCAACCUUGAGUUUGAACACUGCCGACGUCGGUAUCUUCCUCGUGGGCAGCUCAAUGCUCAUUCAGUCUCGGAUAGGCAGCCUGAGUUUGGUUGACGAUGUCAACCUAGGUGCCGCGGAGGACUCUGAUAUUCGGCGUCUUCUAACGAUAGAAGGAGAUAACUUCGCAGACUUCAAGUACGAGACCUUUGACCCCGAGAGCGACACCUACCCUGGCUAUGAUUCCGAGGUCUAUCUACGGUCUGGUUCAAUCAAGAUCAAUUUCCUGGAAGAGCCCUACCGGAAGAUUAUCAACUUCCUCGUCAAGUUUGGCAAGAUGCAAGCCAUUUUCAAUGCAGCCCGCCAAGCCGCUGCCAGUCAGGCUAACCAACUUCAGGAGAAUGCCUCCCGUGUGCGGCUUGAUAUUAUUGUGAAGACACCAAUUGUAGUUUUCCCUCGUGCCAUGAAGGAUGGUCGCCCUCGAGACACAAUCACUGCUCACCUCGGUGAAAUCUAUGCCAAGAAUGAAUUUGUCCCCAUGGAAGAAGGGAAAGAUAGCCCUGCUGUCAAUGUCAUCUCCACUGGUGUCCGCAAUAUUCGCCUUACCUCGAAAUUCCAUUUCGAAGAUGGCACAGCCGAGGAGCUGGAGAUGAUUCAGAAGGUGAACUUGGAGUUUAGCAUUUGCUAUCUGGAGCACCAAGCAAACAACCCACGCCCAGACAUGGAAAUCGAGGGUUCUUUGUCUCCCAUCAACCUUCGUAUCUCCCAAAACCAGCUCAAAUUCUUGCUGGAGCUGUCAAACUCGAUACCGGGUGCAUUUGCCACAGAUGCCGAACAGCAAGAGCUUGAGGCCAUGGAGUCUUUGCCGCCGUCGGUGACUGAACCUACAAGGGAUGCUACUUCAAAGGCCGUACAGGCACAAAAUGGCCCGGGAGGAGCACCCGCUGAUGACAUCGAAAAUAAAGAGACUUGGGUACGACUUGACAUGAUCUUCAAGGUCGACAGUGUCGGCUUGGAACUUAUCCUAGCAAAUGACGAUCAGCCCAUCGGUCACCUGGAAGACUCGAGUCUGUCCAAGUUUUCUCUGAAUGACACUCGAGUCAAGUUGCGCAUGUUAACUGAUGGCUCAUUGGAGUCAGAGCUUCUCAUUCAUUCCUUCUCAAUCCGCGAUAGUCGCAAACAGGACUCGAACAAGUUCAGAAACAUCAUGUCUUUGAUCAACAACGAUGUCCAGCAGCAGUUCAUGGCUAGCGUCUCUAUGUCUGGGGGCCCAGAGAAGCAUCUCGUUGCUAUGUUGACUAUUGACAGCCCUCGUAUCAUUUUUGCUUUGGAUUAUCUGUCUGCUUUGCAGUCAUUCAGCCAGUCUGCAUUUGCCUCUGAAGAACCAGUAGAGGUGGUGGAGGAUGAGAGCGACUCGCCCGAGGAGUCUGAAUCAGGGUCUGAUACUGCUGCAACUCCUGACAAGGCUAUAACCGAAGCUUCUUCGGGCGAUGCCACAGGAGCGGCCAUGACCGUAUCAUUCCGGGUAAACCUUGUCGACGCCCAAGUGAUCAUGGUGGCCAACCCUGCCAUUCCUCACUCCGAAGCUAUCGUCCUUGGUACCAAGGAAGUGCUUAUCUCUCACCAAAAUGUGUCGACUCUCCAGAUCCAAAAAGUGGGCAUGUUCCUGUGCCGCAUGGAUAAGUUUGAGACGUCUCGACUCCGCAUUCUGGAUGAUUUCACACUUGAAAUGUCCAUCGAUAACCGAGCGCAAGAAAAGGGAUCUGCUCUGACCUCCAUCGAGGUGCAUCUUGAACCUCUGGUCCUUCGCUUAUCUCUGCGUGAUAUUCUUAUGGCAAUCCAGAUUGUCAACAAAGCCUCUGAGAUGAGGGCUCAGACUUCCCAGCCGGUUGAGGGCGGAGACGCGAAGAAAAUCACGGAUGCUAAAACAACCAGAGGGCGUUCGACCAGCAAGGCGUCCUCUACCAUUGCUAAGAGAGCUCGUCGCCUGAGUCAAGGCGUUGCAAACCUGGAUAAGGCAAUUACGCCACAAAGUUCUGUUCUUCUAAAGCGCGAAGAGAUUUCUGCCAAGAUCGACGGAGUUAGAGUUAUUCUUAUUGGCGACCUACACGAUCUACCUUUGCUCGAUUGGAGCGUCAAGAAAUUUAACGUCGAUGUGCGCGACUGGUCAUCAACGCUGAAUGCCGAUACAACUUUUGAAACGUUCUUAAAUGUGUACAACUUCUCGAAGUCGGCCUGGGAGCCGCUGAUCGAGCCCUGGCAGUUGGGAUUCCAUCUGGCGAAGGAGGUCAACCCAGAUAUCUUCUCUUUCGAUGUGUAUUCGCACAAGACAAUGGAACUUACUGUAACAUCCGCCACGAUUGCACUCGCAUCCAAAUCUUUCCAGUUCCUCUCUACACACGAGGAUGUUCUUUCCAAGCCAAGAGGCGCUGAUGCUCCAUACAGGAUCCGUAACUAUACUGGAUUUGACCUGAGAGUUUGGGCCGAUGUCAGCGCAGGAGAAGAAGGCCCAGCGGCAAAACUUCAUGAUGGCGAAGAAUCACCAUGGCGAUUCGAAGAUUCCACCGCUGUCCGUGAGACAUUGACACCAGAAGGCCACGGCGGAGUGGUUGGUGUCAAAUUGGAAGGCAGUGGCUUUGAUAGUAUCAGCCGCAUUCCUGUCGUACGCGAAGGCGAGACUAUCUACGCUCUGAAGCCGAAGCAAGAAAAUGUUCUUCACCGGCUACUUGUGGAAGUCAAGCUGGGACCCGACAAUGUUAAGUACAUCACAUUCCGCUCGCCACUUCUUAUCGAGAACAACACUCAAAUUCCCGUGGAAAUGGGCAUUUUCAGCCCCGGAGAAGGCCACUUAUUGAAGAUCGAGAAGAUUUUGCCUGGUGAUGCAAGACCGGCACCUGUCGGAUCAGCAUAUCUCCAUUCUGUUGUUGUUCGUCCCGACCAGGGCUUCGGAUAUGACUGGUCAGGUGAGCGACUGUUCUGGAAGGACCUCAUUAGGCGACCCACACGCACUGUCAAGUGCGUCAGCGAAAGCGGAGGGCAAUCUCCUCCGUUCUAUUUCCAAGUCAAUGCAACGUAUGACAGCAAAGAUUCUUUGACGAGCGUGUAUCCAUACAUGAGAAUCCGGAUAUUUGCUCCCGUCGAGAUUCAGAACCUCUUGCCCUAUGACUUCAAGUACCGCAUCUAUGACAAGAAUACCAAGAAGGAUUGGACGAACUUCCUGAGGAAGGGGGGGCAUACGGUCUUCCGGCAGAGUGAGUUCGCUAUCGUUAAUGGCAAUGCUCAAGACUACCGCAGAGAGCAUACUUUGUCUCUUAAGGAUGAGCGAGGUCUUCAACUGAAGUUACAGCUUCAUUACUUUAACAUUCCCAACAGCGGUGGUGCUUUCAAGGUUUCUGUGUACAGCCCUUACCUUAUCUUGAACAAGACUGGUCUUCCCAUGGACAUUCAGAGCAAAGCAUUCCUUCAGUCUGCGAGAAAUGCUGCUGGUCAAGGACUCAGAGCUGAUCCAAGAGAUGAGGGCCGUGCACUCCCAUAUAUGUACUCUUAUGCCACUGAGGAUCAGCGAAACCGAUCUAUCUUAAAGGUCAGCGAUUCUGCAUGGAGCAAGCCGCAGAGUUUUGAGGCUAUUGGUAGUACAUUUGAGGUUAUCUUCCCUGAUCGCCAGGGUAGAUCUGAGUUCCACUCCGGAGUGUCUGUUGCCGAAGGCGAGGGCAAGUACAAGUUGACCAAGGUGGUCACUCUUGCUCCACGCUUCAUCUUAAAGAGCAAGCUCAAUGAAGAUCUUCUGGUGCGCGAGCCAGGCUCAUCCAACGUACUCCAGGUUCAAAACGGACAGUUGGUACCACUUCAUUUCCUUCGUCAAGUGCAAGAAAAGCAGCUGUGCCUCUGCUUCCCCGGUGUCAACAACCAGUGGUCUUCUCCUUUCAACAUCGCAGAUGUUGGAACUGUGCACGUUAAAUUGGCCAAGGCCAACCAGCGGCAGAAGCUGAUCAAGGUUGAUAUUAUCUUGGAAGGAGCAACUCUUUUCUUGCACUUCAGCAUCGAGUCUCGCAACUGGCCGUUUUCCAUGCGUAACGAAAGCGAUAUGGAGUUCAUUUUCUACCAAGCCAAUCCAAAUGUGGAAGAUGAUGAUGAAGACGACCAGACUAGCGGCUGGAGGCCAAUCCGGUAUCGGAUUCCCCCGCGGAGUAUCAUGCCGUAUGCAUGGGACUACCCAGCGACGAAGAAUAAGUCGCUCGUGUUGACAUGCCAGGGCAAAGAGCGCCAUAUCAAGCUUGCUGAGAUAGGUAACCUGAUCCCAAUGCGGAUUCCACCUUCGCAGCCUGGCGGAUUCCAGAAGAUUAUUGACAUCAGCAUUGCUGCUGAUGGUCCCACUCAGACCCUCGUGCUGUCCAACUUCAAACCGUCAAAGAGCAUGUACAAGCAACAAAGAGGACAACCUUCCCAGACCGGCACGAACACUGGGUUCGAGGUCAAGGAAAUGCACUCGGACGUCAACUUCAAGGCCCAACUUCGCCUGGGCGGCAUUGGAAUCUCAUUGAUCAACCAGAACCUGAAAGAGCUGUUGUAUCUCACAUUCCGUGAGAUUGAGAUCAAGUUUAGGGAGUCGAGAUUGUACCAGACUCUGAACACUACAAUCAAGUGGAUCCAGAUCGAUAAUCAACUCUAUGGUGGAAUUUUCCCCAUCUUGCUUUACCCUAGCGUUGUUCCGAAGACUGGCAAGGAGAUGGAAGCACACCCGAUUUUCCAUGCAAUGGUUACACGGGUUAAGGACGACUCAUAUGGUGUUCUCUAUAUCAAGUACGCGACAUUACUAUUGCAGCAAAUGACACUCGAACUGGAUGAGGACUUUGUCUUUGCCAUGCUCGACUUUGUCAAGAUUCCGGGUGCUUCGUGGACAGAGGAACAAGAAGGCAAACUGUGUGAUGAAGACCUCAACAUUCCCGAGCCGCAACAGGCAGACAAUGGUCAGGAUGUAUAUUUCGAGCUCCUUCACCUCCAGCCCAUGCAGGUGGAUAUCUCUUUCAUGCGUACCGAGCACGUCAAUGUGGAAGAUGCUAUGCAACCCUCUAACCCGUUGAUGUUCUUUGUCAACGUCAUGACAAUGUCAAUGGGUAAUGUUAAUGAUGCGCCUGUCCGACUCAACGCUCUGAUGCUCGAGAAUGCGCGUGUCUCUUUCCCCAGCCUCGUCGGCAAUAUCCGUGCACACUACACUCAAGAAUUCUUGCGCCAGAUCCAUAUCAUUCUUGGUUCGGCCGACUUCUUGGGUAACCCUGUCGGUUUGUUCAACAAUGUCAGCUCUGGUGUGGCCGCCAUCUUCUAUGAGCCAUAUCAAGGCCUGGUCAUGACUGACCGUCCCCAAGAGCUUGGUAUGGGUAUCGCAAAAGGCGCUACAAGUUUUGUCAAGAAAUCCGUCUUUGGGUUUUCGGACAGUAUGGCCAAGCUCACUGGAAGUAUGUCGAAGGGUCUCGCCGCUGCUACUCUUGAUAAGGAAUUCCAAACCCAGCGCCGGAUGUCCAAGGUGCGCAACCGUCCCAAGCACGCGCUGUAUGGAAUCACGGCUGGUGGCAAUGCAUUUGCAACUAGUCUAGCAAGCGGCAUCGGUGGAUUGGCACGCCAUCCACUUCAAGGUGCCGAGAAAGAAGGUAUCCAAGGAUUCUUCAAGGGUGUUGGAAAGGGUGUUCUUGGAUUGGCCACCAAGCCAGCAAUUGGUGCAUUCGAUCUUGCCUCCAAUCUGGCAGAAGGCGUUCGCAACACCACUACCGUUUUCGAUGCCGAAGGUCUCGACCGCGUUCGCCUCACCCGCUUCAUUGGUACCGACGGUAUUGUGCGCCCAUACUCGCAACGUGAAGCUCUCGGCCAGUUCUGGCUGAAGACCACAGACGACGGCAAAUACUUCAACGAGGACUACAUUGCCCACCUAGAACUUCCUGGUCGAGAUAUGCUAGUCUUGUUGACGUACGCACGCAUCACGCUAGUGCGCACGAAGAAGUUGUACACUGAAUGGGAUAUCCGUCUCACGGAUAUCCAGACCAUCUCCAAGGAGCGCACGGGAAUGAGCAUCACGCUCAAGGGUGGUGCCAACGGACCUUUCAUUCCCGUACAAGACGAAAGCUCACGGAACUGGCUGUAUAGACAGAUUGCUGUUGCGGUCAAUGCUUUCAACGAGAAGUAUAAUGCCAGGGGAUAG